GUUUCAGGAAAAAAUGGUGUGAGGUUGAAAAAGAGGCUGGAUAUAUCAGAGUGAGGCUCUGCAGACAGCCUAAAGAUGUCUCUGAAACUCAAACUAGCCGAGCAUACUGAGCUCGUCGCUGAGAUGCCAUUGGUUGAAAAAAUGACUCAACAUGAACGUCUCAAACAUGCGAGGAAACGUCGCUCGCAACAAAUGCGACGUUGGGCAAACUAUGAUAAACUUAUGGAUAGAGAAUCUAAGAAGAGGAAAAAUGCAAACAAUAAUUCCACAAAAAAUUCUCGUCCUAAAAAACGAACCACUAGGCUUAAGUUUGUAAACAGCAUCAAGUUACUGGAGGCAGCAGGCAGAAAUGAUGUGGAUGAAGUGCGCAGUUUACUGUUAGAUGGUGUUUCACCCGACGUCACCAACGAAGAUGGUCUAACUGCACUUCAUCAGUGUUGUAUUGAUGACUUGGAAGAAAUGUUACGUCUGCUAAUAGAGUUUGGUGCCAAUGUGAAUGCAAAGGACAGUGAGCUCUGGACGCCAUUACAUGCAGCUGCUACAUGCGGUCACACACAUCUAUGCAAAUACCUUAUAGACAAAGGUGCAGAGUUGUUAUCAGUGAAUGCUGAUGGGAACAUGCCUUAUGACAUUACAGAAAAAGAAGACACGCUCAACUAUAUAGAAAAUGAAAUGGCUAAAAGAGGAGUUACUCAGGAGUUGAUUGAUGAGACGAGGCUCGCAACAGAAAAGCAGAUGCUUGAAGACUUACAAUUUCUAGCCAAUAAUAAGGGAGAUCUUGAGUUCAGGGACAGUUCGGGGGCAACACCUCUUCACAUAGCUUCUGCAAAUGGGUUCCUGCAAGUUGUAGAGUUUUUAUUGGACCAGAGGGUGAAUGUUGAUGCCCCAGACAAUGACCGUUGGGGCCCAGUUCACGCUGCUGCAUGCUGGGGGCAUCCCGUGAUAAUGGAGCUACUUGUUCAGGCGGGAGCCGACAUUGACGCAACAACAAAACAUGGAGAAACACCUUUUGACAUAUGCGAAGAUCCAGAUUUCAAAGAGAGAAUACUUGAGAUGAAGGAUGAAAUUGAGUUUAAAAAAUCAAAUAACAGGGGAAGUGGUACCAUAGAUAGUAGGACAGGGGUGAGAAAACAUCCAAGCAGGAGUGACCAGUCCUCGAUCACCAAACAUCCAUCUAAUGCUAGUGCAUCUGUUAGGAGAACAAGUAUGAGAGAGAAGGGGCAGAUUUCUCGGAAGGAAGCGAAAGACGAAGGGAAAUAUCUUGCAUCAAUAUCUAUCGAUAAUGAUUUAAAUGAGGUUCCAUCCCCGGAGCCUGAAGAAAAUGGCUUUGAUGACAGUACGCCCCCUUUACCACCAACUACAGAGCCACCUUUUGAUGACCAACUAGAACCUGCUGAAGUUGCUAUGGUAACUGUUGAUGUUGCCAUCUCUCAGGACAAUGGACUUGACACGAUUGAACGCAAAAAUAUUGUGGAAAAAGAGUUCGAUCAAAGACAUAGUUUAAUAAAGGAGGAUGUCCCUAAGACAACGGAAGGGAGUAUAUACCAGAAAGACAAACGUCCAGAGUCAUCAAUGAGUUUGAAAACUGCAGCAACAACGGAACCGAUUAAAACAAAAGUAAAGCAAUCAGAAAGUGUCCCUGAUAACAUAAAGUUAUCAUCAACACCCGUUCCAGUGUCAACUAGUACACCAAUAGCUGUUACUGUUCCUGCUAACACUAAAAAACAAGAGGAUAAAAAAGAAAAUUCAAAUAAAGAAAAUGUCGAAAUUAAGAGCUCACAAAAUGACUCGCAACCUCGGGAUAUAGUACCGACCGAGGAGCACUUGAAAACGCUUGAAGAUGCUGCGUCGCCAACGCAGAGUAGCUUCACGUCGCAAAAUAGUGUCACAUUAGCCGAACUUAAGAAGCAAAGGUCAGAAGUUUUACGAAAUUCAUUACGGGUUAGCGACCCUAAAAGUGUCACGGAUGCCCUAAAACAAAUAGACAAUGAGGAAAAAGCUAAAGCUGCAAAUAACUCCCAUAACGGUACAUUUGCAAAACCUGGUGAACAGCCACUAAAAAAAUUCACAGCGUACAAUCAAUCAGAAAUUAUCGGAGGGAAUGAUAAGAAAAAUCGGUGUUGUAUUGUGAUGUAACAAAGGAGGUAUUUUCCUCCCAUGGAAUUUAUGGGAAUUAUUUUUAUUGUUCGUGUAAAAACCAAGAAAAUUGAAUCAAUAUGUUUCUGGCAUAGUAACGCAUAGAAUUGUAUACAUACAAACAAAGGCAUUUAAAAUUGUGAAUACCAGUGAAUGAAAUGUAAUUCAGGUCAUACUUUUAAACACAAAAUAGAGUGGAAUUCAGAGAAUUUUGCAAGGACAAACAUUAAUAGGCAUUAAGUUGAUAAUAGCAAUACCAGGAAAUUGGGGAUAUAAGGCAA